AUUCCCCACACAGAAAAAUGGAUCCACCGCCGAUGACGGUGGUCCACCACUAGUAGGCCGUGACGGUGGUGGUUACGACUACAAGGACGCUCAGAGUCCCCACAAACCCUUUUGACGGGUCAAAACUCAAAACCCUACGAACCUGAUCCUUAUUAAAUCACCUCUUCAAAAAUCUCAACUAUAACAACCACGACUUUCCGCCCUCUACGACGGCGCAGCCCAUACAGCAACCUGAUCUUUGAUGGGUCAGUCCUCGUCGAUCCACGGGGUAUCACCUGGUGGAUCAAACUACCGUAGCCCUAACCCCAGCCACCACCGCACUUCCAGCUCUGCAAUGUCAAAUGAAGAAAAUACCUCAAUUUCCGACGGAAAUUUCGUCGAUCAAGACUACAUCUCCGAACUACCAGACGAAUGCUUGGCGAUUGUGUUCCAGUCACUGAGCUCCGGCGAUCGGAAACGCUGCUCUCUCGUCUGCCAGCGGUGGCUUCGCGUGGAAGGCCAGAGUCGCCUCCGCCUUGCUCUUAGCGCCCAAUCGGAGCUCCUCCUUCAUAUUCCCUCCCUCUUCUCUCGCUUUGACUCGGUAACUAAACUCGCUCUACGAUGCGAUCGCCGAUCUAUCAGCAUAAACGACGACGCUUUGAUCCUAAUAUCCCAGAAAUGUCGUAACCUCAUGCGCUUCAAGCUUCGUGGCUGCCGCGAACUCACCGAUGUCGGAAUGGCCGGUUUCGCACAAAAUUGUAAGAAUUUGAAGAAAUUUUCUUCUGGAUCUUGCAUGUUCGGAGCUAAAGGCAUGAACGCUUUACUCGAUCACUGUUCAUCUCUCGAAGAACUCUCCGUGAAACGCCUUCGUGGAAUCAACGACGGGGUCGCCGCCGAGCCGAUCGGUCCCGGGAUGGCUGCUUCAUCUCUCAAAUCUAUAUGCCUAAAAGAGCUUUACAAUGGACAGUGUUUUGGACCGUUAAUCAUUGGAUCGAAGAAUUUGAGGACAUUGAAAUUGUUGCGUUGUUUAGGUGAUUGGGACAAGCUUUUGGAAACGAUCACGAAUCGGGAAAAUUGUUUGACUGAGAUUCAUUUGGAGAGGCUUCAAGUGAGUGAUAUUGGCGUUUCCGCCAUAUCAAAAUGCUCAGAUUUGGAGAUUUUGAAUUUGGUUAAGACUCCUGAAGUCACUGAUGUGGGUAUAGUUGCCAUGGCUGAGCAUUGUAAGCUGUUGAGAAAACUUCAUAUUGAUGGUUGGAGGACUAAUCGGAUAGGCAAUCGAGGGUUAUCUGCAAUUGCUAAGCAUAGUACCAAUCUUCAGGAAUUGGUACUUAUUGGUGUAAACCCUACUUCUAUAAGCCUGGAAGCCAUUGUUUCUAAUUGUCAAAAACUGGAAAGAUUGGCGCUUUGUGGUAGUGAAACAAUUGGGGAUGCAGAGAUUUCGUGCAUUGGUACAAAAUGUUUAGCACUAAAGAAGAUUUGUAUUAAGGGUUGUCCAGUAUCGGAUCUGGGGAUUGAGACAUUUGCUUUGGGUUGUCCUAAUUUGGUGAAAAUAAAGGUUAAGAAGUGUAGGGGAGUGACUAACGAGCUUGCGGAUUGGUUGAGGGUGAGGAGGCCGUUCUUGACAGUUAAUUUUGAUGUGGAAGAGGUUGAAGCUGAGGCGGCAGAUGCUCGUACAAGUGAUGGUGGAGCUCAAGAGGAUGGUGUGGAGUAUCCUAGUAUAGUGAGCAGAGUGACUGUUGCUGCUAAUGCUGACGUUGGUGUUGCGUCGAGUAGCAAUAGUCAUGGUCGUUCAUCGGGGUUCAAGACAAGGUUUGGGCUUUUUGGAGGUAGGAGCAUAGUGCCUUGCACUUUCAGGAGGUGGUCAAAUGGGACCAGUAGCUCCAAUGGUCGUGAAUGAAUGAUCUGAACAAUGGUAGAAAGAACUCAUCUUGUGCUGUUUACCUCAAGUUGUUUUUCAAUUAUAAGAUGCUUUGAUUGGUGUUAAAGCUUCUGUUGUUGGUUUCUAGGAAUUGGGUUUGAUGGUGUCUUCUUUGGUCUUCCUAAUGCAAUUGUGCAAAUGUCAUACUGAGAAAGUUUUCUAUGUCCAUUUCACAUAGCCAUAUCUACCAAUUCUAUGUAUUUUUACAACUUGUUCGACAUGUAUUUUCUAUGUUAUUUUGAUGUUUUGAUGUGUAGGAGUGGUUUAGCAAGGACGCACCAGAAUGACUGAGAUUUGAAUGGUGUAUAGUUUCAAUCAGUGGUGUAUCUAGCAUUACAUGUUGAAGCUUCCGUUGCAAGCCCAUUUUAUAGCCUUUUGAUUCUGGAUCUAGAAAAGCAAAAUGUCAUCCUAAUUGUCUUGAUGCAUGUUAAUGCGAUCAAAAGAUUUUGGAACACCCUUUUCUGCUUGACAAUAUAAAGAG